AAUCAAGACAAUUAGUUGAAGUACUUUCGUAUAGAUUCACGGACAGAAGACCGCAACUCGAACUCAGUCGAACACCGAAAUUGGAUUUGAGAGAGAAGGGGUAGGGAGAAUGAUAGGAGUUGGGAAAAUCAAGCCAUACACAAAUGUGCUCGACAGACCCCUCAGCAAAGGAAAACAAGAGGUGAGUUUGAGUGCAUUUGCAUUCUUGUUUUCCGAGCUUGUUCAGUACAAUCAGACGCAAGUCGACAACAUAGCAGAGCUGGAAAGAAGGUUAGAGGAUGCUGGCUACGCUGUUGGAGCUAGGGUUCUGGAACUUCUUUGUCACAGGGAGAAGGGUAACAGAAGGGAGACAAGACUAUUGGGUAUUUUAUCUUUCAUACACAGCACGGUGUGGAAGGUCUUGUUCGGAAAGGUGGCUGACUCACUUGAAAAAGGUACUGAGCACGAGGAUGAGUACAUGAUCAGUGAGAAGGAACUUCUUGUCAACAGAUUUAUCUCAAUACCCAAAGAUAUGGGUGCCUUCAACUGCGGAGCAUUUGUUGCUGGAAUUGUGAAGGGAGUCUUGGAUAAUGCAGGUUUUCCAGCUGUUGUAACAGCUCAUUUUGUACCUGUGGAUGGGCAACAGAGACCGAGGACAACCAUUUUGAUUAAAUUUGCUGAAGAGGUACUACAACGAGAAGCGAGAUUAGGCUAACAUUGGCUACUGAUUUUAAAAUCAGUUUUUGGAACCGGGACCACCCUGGAAAACAAAAUAUAUUGGUUGAAAAAGAGCUGCUCUUGGUCUCCAAGUUCGUUUACAUAUUUGCCAGCUUUUGGCAAAUUUGAUUGUGGAUGAACCAGUUGAGUUGCUGGGAAAUUACAUGGAUUUUAGUAGUGAGAUAUUAUUAUGUUUGAGCUGGAAACCCAAAUUGAGCAUUCAUUAGGCUGUAUAGAAACUUGUUUUCAACUAUUUGUGUGGAGAUCUUCUUAAAUUAAUCUUGGGUGUUCAGACUUCUAGACUACCAUUUUAUGGUGCAUUCUGCAUUCUGCGGUUACCGCCCACCUUCUCUUUGAAGGAUAUGUAUUCAUACCCAAUCCAUCUUCCAUGGAUAAAUUUAUUUCUAAAAUAACUAAAUUGGUAAUUGAUUUUCUAA